AUAUACUGUUUAUAAAUUCGUCCGAAAGAGGGCACAUACUAUCUAUAAAUAUUACUUAUCUGUGAAUUAUAUUAAUUAUAAGAUUUGUUUUCAUAAAACAAAAAGUCAAUAAAAAAAGUAAUUUUUUAUUGAAUCAAAUAUUUUUUUUUAUUAUUUUUCUAAUUCAAAACAUUAAUUAACAGUGAAAAAUAUAUCUUUUAACCACGCAGUUAUUUAUAUUGUAUUUGAUUUAUUUCUUUAUUCUUGAAAAAUAUGGCCUCGGCUACUAUAUCACCAACUGAAGAUGAUGAAUUGACCUUACCUCGUGCAUCGAUUAAUAAAAUGAUCAAGGAAAUUUUACCACAUGUACGUGUAGCGAAUGAAUCCCGAGAAUUAAUAUUAAAUUGUUGUACAGAAUUUAUUCACUUACUUUCUUCUGAAGCAAAUGAAAUUUGUAAUCAACAACAAAAGAAAACUAUAAAUGCUGAACAUGUUCUUCAAGCACUCGAAAAACUUGGAUUUGGAGAUUAUAGUGCAGAAGCGGAGGCAGUUUUACGAGAUUGUAAGGCUGUCGCAGCUAAACGAAGACGUCAAAGCACUAGAUUAGAAAAUUUAGGAAUUCCAGAAGAAGAACUUCUUAGACAACAGCAAGAAUUAUUUGCAAAAGCAAGAGAAGAACAAGCAGUAGCAGAACAACAGCAAUGGCAACAAUUACAAGCAGUUGCACAAAUGGCUUCAAUGCAACAAGUCGAUAGUGAACAAGAAGAUUAUUCGUAAAAGUUUAUAGUUUUGUAUUAAUGUAUUUAAUUGAUUCAUUGACAACAAAUAAGAUAAUUGUUUUCAUUUUAGCAAAUUUAAAAUAAUUGCAACAAUAUAUCAUUUUAAUUUUUCUUUGAUUUAUUCAUACAUUUAUCAUUACUUAUACAUAACAUAUAUAACUUUCAAAAAUGCUAGAAAUUGCUUUCAUAUUUCUAUGAUUUUAAGAUCUUAUUGUGAAUUUAAAUAAGUAACAAAACAUUAUGAUUUUUUUAUAUAAAAUACUUAAAAUUAUUUGAUGCACGAUGUACGUAUAUUCUUUUGCAGAAAUAGUAUAUAAUAUAUAUAUACCAUUAUUGAAAAUUAUGGCAUUAAUCUUCCAUACUCGGAAGAAAGAUGACUUUUUUUAAUCGCUUCCAUUACUUUUGAAACGUAAUGGUACCUAGAUGAUUCAGUUAUAAAGUGAUUAUUAUAACAUACAAUGAAAAAAAAUUAAUUUUUUUAACUUAUUAUACUUACCAAUUUUUUUCUGUUAAAGUAGAUGGUGUCAUUGAAUUUCUGUUAACACCAUGUAUUUUUGUUUUUAGCUUUUCUAUUAGUUUUUUCCCGUUUUGACGCAUUGUAAAUUCUUCUACAAUUAAAAAAAAAGAAUUUAAUCAAGACAAGCUUUAAAACAUUUUCAAUGUUUGAGUGAAAGUAAAAUAAAUAAAAUAAUAAAAUACCGUACCUUCAUUUG